AUGGAACAUUUAACAUCCACAUCCGCAGAAUGUAAAAAGCAGGAGAAAUUAAAUCCGGAUAAAUAUGUCAAUAUCCCAUCAAAAUCAAUUGCUUUAAAAUCACGAUGCUCAACAACAAUGUUAAAACAUUCCAAAUGCAUUCUAAAAGUGGCAAAAAUAAGUGCAUGGAAUUAUGAAGAUGUAAUACGUCAAAAGGAGAAACCUAUUUUUGAUUCCACGCAUAUCCAAAAAUUUUCACCAGCAACCAGUCCAUCAAAUUGUAUGACUAGUGAAUUAAAAAAAUGUGGUCGAAUUUUUAUAAAAAGCAAUAAGAAAGUAAAUGUUUGUUGGACUUUGGAUAAUAUAUGCAAAGCGGCUCAACUUCUAAAAAAACCUUCAGAAAAUCCCAUUUUUACGAACGAACACGAUAUGAGAAAAGUAUAUUCCUUAGUAUACGAUGUAUUUAGAUAUAAAUUUGUUUUGAAAAACGCCUUGAGUGAUAUACAAUUUUUUGAGCAAUUUCCAGAGUAUUCUAAGAACGAAAAUCUAGUUUGGCUAAUGCUAUACGAACUUCAUGAAAGGGCAUUCCAACAGAGAAGUUCCGAGGACGCAAAACAACAACAUAUAUUGUAUAAAAAAUCCAACAUAAAAGAUUUAGCUGAUUUCUUGUGGACAUUUCGAACAAAGCUGGCUGCGUCUAUUUCAAGGAUGAGAAUUAAAUAUGGCGCACAUCAACUUUCACAACUGCUUCCUCUACAUUUACAGAAUGAAAAAGUAGCUAUAGCUGCCAUUAAUCCCAUUGUAACUGGCUGGAUAAAUCCCUUUCUGAUAAGAGAUAAAGAAGCAGCUGAAUGCCUUUUAUUAAAAUAUGGCUUUGUGCCGAGUGAGAGUGAAAGCGGAUUACAGACUGCAGAAUUUAAAUGGGACAACAUAUGCCCUCUCUUUUUGUCGUGUAUUCCUGUUGACCGCAGCGAUUUUACAAAGUCAGAUCUGGUUGUGAAACAUUAUUUUAUAAUGCAGGAUCGAACUUUCUCUUUAGGACCAGCAGUAAUGGCAAGAUUACUUAGCUUUUUUGAUUUGAACGGCGAUAUCUUACAAACACAUAUAGAUUCACCUCGAUCAACAGCUUAUUUAGCUGCAUUGUUUUAUUCCGUGAAUCAAGUUAAUAAUUUUUAUGUUUACGGCUCAGGAUCAAAUCUUAAACGGUUCAGGAAAUAUAUGGAAGAUCUAUGCAUUAAUAAUAUUCGACUAUUUGGGGAAUCGUUUACAUCGUUUCCUUUAGAGUCGAACAGAUUUCGGACUGUUGUCGGCAUCUUUGCGAAUCCACCAAAUUCAUUUAGUGCCAUAUCAGAUCCAAUUGAUUUAAUAUGCUCCCGAGGAGGAGAUUUAGGGAUGCUCGAAAUAUUAACAGAAUCUUCUAUAAGUGAUGAUGGAAAGCAACGAGUCUCCCUAAUUUUGGAGGAACAGCUCCUUACCUUACGUAUGGCGAUGUCUCGUCCUCAAAUCCAAUUUCUGCUCUAUCAAACGCAUUCGGUCGUAAAUAGUGAAAACCAAAAAAUGGUAGAACAAACCAUGAACAUCAUUAACAAGACAGCAUUGAAGAAACAUCGUGAUGCUUUUUUAGAAAAAAAGCGACUGGAAGCAUUAGAAGAGGCAGAAGCUGCAAAUAUACCUUCGGCUGCAAUGAACGCAAAUUCGCCCAGAAAGCAAAAAACUUCAGUUGAAAAUAAGCCCCACCAAAAUGCAAAAUCUGAGUGCAUAAUGGUAACAGUGGACCAAAAUUGUGGCAUCGAUAAUGACGAGGAAGUAAAACUUCCCGAUAUUGAUGAAUUUAUAUGUGUAGAUUUGCCUGAUCUUUGUAAAAAUCAAGAUAAUUGUCUUCGAACCCAAGAUAACGGUUGUUUUCUUUCGCUGUUGCAGCGAAAAGACAUAACUCGAUUAAAUGCGAAAUAUCUUAUACAAACUGCUGAAAAAAGAGGAUUAUUUGGCAAAGCUGAAGGCAGUAAAAUAUUGAAAUCAAAACAAGUUAAAUCCCAAGAUUUUAAUACAGACCACCAAAAUAUAAAAGUGAUUGAUGAUGAAGAUGUUAAGAAGUAUAUUCCAAAUGUGGAAAGUCUGGUUGCACGUCUUGAAACUCCAACAAAUGCCAGUACAAUUCGAUCAAACUUAGAUAAAGCCUCCAGUAGAAAGAAGCCAAUUCGUUUUAACUAUAACAGAAGAAAUUGCUCACGACAUGGAUUGUUAUUACAUUUUUGCUAA